AUGACGGCCCACGUUGAUCGCUGCGCCUUCUUCUCCAAGAUGGGUGCGUGCCGGCACGGCGAUCAGUGCACUAAGCUACACUAUCGCCCCGACACAUCGCCGACGGUGCUGUUCCCUCUGAUGUACCCAAACCCGCACGCCAUUGCGCACAUCAAGGACCGCGAGUGGACCUUCGAGCUGGACAAAAAGUAUCUGAAGAAGCAUUUUGAGCACUUUUAUAAGGAGGUGUGGCGCACCUUCAUGGAGUUCGGCCGUAUUGCCGAGCUGCGCGUCGUGAGCAACCUCGGCGAUCACCUCCUGGGCAACGUGUACAUCCGCUUCGAGGAUCCGCAGGUCGCCACGCGCAUCGUGAAGGAGCUGCGCGGCAAGAAACUGAACGACGUCAUUGUGCUGCCUGAGCUGUCGCCUGUCACGAACUUCGCCGAGGCGUGCUGCAAGGAGGAUCUCGAGAACCGUUGCCAGCGCGGUGAGCAGUGCAACUACCUCCACAUCAUGAAGGUGUCCCGCCGCCUCCUCGAGAAGCUUGAGAAGGAGCAGUCCAAGUACUGGAAAAAGAAGGAGAAGCGCCACGAGCAUGACAGCGGCGACCGGAAGCGUAGCCGCUCGCGGUCGCCUGCUGACACGCGCUGGUAG